AUGGCUGCAUGGAGCAAGGCAAUGUGCUCCCAUCUGCCAAGCUGCUUUGGCUACCCCUUGAGCAUCUUCUUCAUCGUCAUCAAUGAGUUCUGUGAGCGGUUCUCCUACUAUGGCAUGCGAGCGGUGCUCGUUUUGUAUUUCAAGUAUUUCCUGCAAUGGAAUGACAAUUUGUCUACAGCCAUCUACCACACGUUUGUUGCUCUGUGCUACUUGACACCAAUCCUUGGAGCACUCAUUGCAGACUCUUGGCUGGGAAAGUUCAAGACCAUUGUCACCUUGUCCGUUGUCUAUACGUUUGGGCAGGCAGUCAUGUCUGUGAGCUCCAUAAAUGACCUGUCAGAUGACAACAGAGAUGGCUCUCCUGAUAAUUUAGCUCUACACAUUGCUCUGUCCAUGACUGGCUUGAUCCUCAUUGCACUUGGUACUGGUGGGAUCAAACCUUGUGUGUCAGCAUUUGGUGGAGAUCAGUUCGAAGAUGAUCAGGAAAAACAAAGAUCUAGAUUUUUCUCUAUCUUUUAUUUGUCCAUUAAUGCUGGAAGUCUCAUCUCUACUAUAGUCACCCCAAUUCUCAGAGCUCAAGAGUGUGGCAUUCAUAGCAAACAGCGAUGUUACCCACUAGCUUUUGGAGUUCCUGCUGCCCUUAUGGCUAUUGCCUUGGCUGUGUUUGUAGCUGGAAGCAGAAUGUACAAGAAAGUUCAGCCUCAAGGAAAUAUAAUGGUUCAAGUUUCCAAAUGCAUUGGAUUUGCCAUCAAAAACAGGUUUCAGCAUCGCAGCAAGCAGUUCCCCAAGAGAGAGCACUGGCUUGACUGGGCGAGUGAGAAAUAUGAU